AUGAAUGUUUUAGUGUAUAAUGGACCAGGAACAACACCAGGUUCUGUCAGACACACUGUGGAUACCCUACGUUAUUUAUUAGAACCUCAUUAUGCAGUUAGUACUGUCUCCUCGAAAGUUUUAUUACAAGAACCUUGGCAAGCAAAGACAUCGGCUUUGGUUUUCCCUGGUGGGGCAGACCUGCCUUUUGUUAAAGAAUGCAGACCUGUCAUUCCAGCAAUUAAAGAUUUCGUAUCAAAGAAAGGUGGGAGAUAUAUUGGAUUUUGUGCUGGUGGUUAUUUCGGUUCAAGUAGAGUGGAAUUUUGUCAAGGUGAUCCACUGAUGGAAGUGACUGGGAACAGAGAUUUGAAAUUAUUUCCUGGCACAGCAAGAGGACCGGCAUUUGAUGGGUUUAAGUAUAAGAGUGAUGUAGGUGCAAGGGCGUCGAGAUUGUUAGUCAAUAACGGUACAGAAUUCAGCUGUUAUUAUAAUGGUGGUUCUGUAUUUGUUGAUGCUGAUUCAUGCGAUAAUGUUGAAGUAUUAGCACAUUAUUCAGAAAGUAUUGACGUUCCAUUCUCAGAUACUAAUAGUAAUACCAAACCGGCUGCUGUGGUUUUAUGUUCCGUUGGGAAAGGUAAAGCUCUUUUAACAGGUCCACAUCCUGAGUUUAUUCCCAAGUUAUUAGAAAAGGGGGAACAUGAUAGUGAUUUUCCUGCUCAUUUGUUGGAUGAGUUGAAAAAAGAUGAUACUAAAAGGCUGGAGUUUAUGCAUUAUAUUUUAUCAAAAUUAGGCCUGAAAACACGGUCAAAUUAUGCCAAUUAUCAUAUACCUUCAUUGACUCCGCUAUUGAUGGUUAAUAAUCCAUAUAAUAAUGCCGUUAAAUCCAAUGAUUUUGAAGAAAGAGUUGUAGAAAAUCUUGAUGACGUUAUUGUUGCUGGGAAUCAUUUGGAAUUUUCCGCUGAAGAAGAUUCAUUCGAAUUGUUCAAAGGUAUAAGUGAUUCUUUUAAGGAAGCUUCUACACAUCUUGAUAAGAAUGAUCCUAAAAAUUCUGUUAAGACAAUUGUUAUACCCAACGAUGAUGAAUUUGCAUCAAUGGGUAAUGUUGCACCAAAUUUUAAUUUCCAAAAAUAUUUCAUGACUCUUAAAGAGAGUAAUAAUAUAGGCUCGAUUUUGAUGUAUGGUGAAGUAGUCACGUCAACAAGUACUUUACUAAAUGUCAAUAGAACUCUUUUGAGUUCACUUCCAGAGAAUCGUAUCCUUCAUGUUGGUGAUGUUCAGCUGGCUGGUAGAGGGAGAGGAGGUAACUCAUGGGUUAAUCCAAAGGGUGUAUGUGCUUCAACAGCGGUGAUCUCCAUACCACUUGUUUCUCCAGCAACCAAUCAGAAUAUAUCGAUAUCUUUUGUCCAAUAUUUAGCCAUGUUGGCUUAUUGUAAAGCUAUUACUAGUCAUGGGUCUGGAUUCGAAGAUUUGCCAGUUAGAAUCAAAUGGCCUAAUGAUCUAUAUAUUAUGAAUCCUGAUUACUACUAUUCAAAAAAUCUUCAGUUAUUGGGGAAAAAGUUUGAUCAUAAAUUGGUUCCAUUAACUGAUAUCGAACCAGCAUACGUGAAGGUUGCCGGUUUACUUGUCAAUACGCAUAUUUUUGGUGAUAGAUAUACACUCCUUUUAGGGUGUGGGUUAAAUGUUAGUAGUACUGGACCAACUACCUCAUUAGAUAGAUGGGUUGAUAUUCUUAACGAAGAAAGAAAGAAGCAAAACUUUUCGGUAUUACCUCAUGUAGAAAAGGAGAAACUGUUGGCUGAUUACAUGAAUUAUUUGGAAGACAUCUUGAAGACAUUCAUUAAUCGUGGUGUAUGCUAUCUACUGCCAGAAUAUUAUAACUACUGGUUACAUUCGAAUCAGAUUGUAACACUAUCGGAUCAUGGAAAUACAAGAGCAAUGAUCACAGGUAUUACCGAAGAUUACGGUUUAUUGAUUGCCAAGGAACUUGCACCUGGCAGCGAUUAUAGUUUUACUGGUUCUGUCUUUAAUUUACAACCGGAUGGUAAUACCUUCGAUAUAUUCAAAGGUUUGAUUGCCAAAAAAGCAUGA